AUGGUGACGGUAGCCCCAGCCACACCCCUUCCCAGCGUCCCCACAACUCGACUGAAGCCGGGAGAGCGCUACAAUAGGUCCCCGCGAAGAGGAGACGCAGGCUGGCCCCGGCCGAGAGUUCUGCGGAUCGAUUUCGCAAAAAGGGAGGGGGCGGGGGCGCGAAGCCCGAGCGAGCGCGGGUCUCCUCCGGCCCCGCCGGGCAGGGCCCGCCAGCCGAGCCCCGACCGAGCCGCGGCUCACUCCACCUCCACAUCCACCCCCGGGCGGGAAGCGCAAAGCAAACAGGUCUCCGAAGCGGGCACAGAGGCACAUUGUUCGCUCCCGCGGCUCUUACCUCCGUCCGCGAGCGCGCCCCCGGAGAGGCCGUCUGGCACGGGGACCGCGCGGGGAGAGGCGCUGAGGGCAGCGGCGACCCCGGCCGGGGAGGGCCGGAGCGGGUCGCUGGGCGCCGGGUCCGCGCAGAAGGCGGCGCCGCGGCUCUCCGGCCGGACGCGGCGCCGCGGCUCUCCGGCCGGACGCGGCGCCGCGGCUCUGCGCGUCCUCCUGCUCGGCCGCUGCCGCCUGCAGCCAAGCAGCCAGCGCCGGGCGGCUCCGGGGGUUAAGUCAACAUUUUCCCGCAGCUUCCCGCACGCCGCUCCGCCAGCGAGGGCUUCUGCACACACCCCCAGACCGCACGCUCCCUCAGGAAAAAAAAUUCGCGAACGAGAGAGAGAGGAGCGGCGGAGGCAAAAGCUCGACAGAGGUGCGCAGACUUGGAAGUCCCUGCGAGCGGCGGCCGCGGGAGGGGCGGAGGGCAGCGCCGCGGCGCGGGGCCAACUCAGUUCGUGGCGCGCGGCCCCUCGGCCCGCGCCCGCCCGACUCGCAUCGCUCGCGCAGACCGGCAGCCUGGAGCGGGAGGCGGCGGCGACCCCUCCUCACAUUUCGGAUCUCCCGGCCCAGCCCGAGCGGUGGCCGCUGCCCCACGAAAGGAUGAAGGCGAGGACUCGGGCUCGGGGACGCGGGGAGGAGGCGGGACGAGCCACGCCACGCACAGCGGCGGCGGGGAGCUGCCCCCCGACAAGCCCGCGGAAUUCUCCGGUUGCAAAGAAAUCAAAACUGAUUUUCCAUGAGAGCACAAACAGCCGAAAGCAUUUGACAAAGCCAAUCUUCAAUCAGUGCUCUGUCAAACCAUGAAAUGUAACAUAAGAACAUUCAUUUUAUACAUCAUCAUAAAUACUCAUAAUCAAAGGUUUUCUUGU